AUGCAUCAACGUAAUCACCACUCGAUAUUAUUAACACUUUUACUUUAUCUCCAAUCAAUAGUUGCCCUAGCACGAAUUAUUGAUCCAGAAUUUGGGACCUACCUGAAUCCUAAUCCUCGGAAGUAUCCACAAUGUCAAGCCAAUGAUUUAGUAAAAUUGUCAUCAUGUUGUAAUGAGUUGUUACACAAAUUGGACCAGUGUAAAUCAGACGAUUUGGCUUGUGAGUGUUGUGCAUUACAACUGAUUGAUCGAGACUGUUAUCAUUUGUGUCCUGGUAAUCCACUGACAAACUUUUUAACGGUUUUACUACAAGAUUGUGCUCAAUUAAGCGAGAUAAAUGCUUGUGCAUUACCAUUCAAAAAGACAGAUGAUUUGCUCGUUGACAAAAAGAAGGGAACUCCAAAUUCCAAAUCCGCAGUUCAAGCGUUAGAAGCUGACGAAAAGUAUGAUGCUAGUCUCAAGAGUAAAGUGCAUAACAAGGUUGAUGAGAUCAAGAGCCACGUCAAACAAGACCAAUUCCUCAAGAAGAAAAUCAAGUUGCUUAUCGAUAAAGACGAAACAUUUGCAAUUCAAAACCACUCAAAUAAUUCUAAUAACACCAUUUCGGCAAAAUCAGAAAGUGGAUCAGUGUGUUUAACCUCAUCGUACUUAAACAGUCCAAUAAUUAUACUUUGUGCUAUUCUAACAGGAACUCUUUUCGCUAUGUAUUAA